CACAUCACUUCAAAUCAAAUCUCUCGCACUCCCUCUGCACUCUGCAACUGCAACAGCAAAUGGAACUGAGCGAAGAACAGCUUCAACAGGUCGAAGCCAACCGCGCCGCAGCCAUGGCCAAACGCAAAGCCUUUCUAGAAUCCAAAGCCAAACAACAACCCCAAAGAGAAAACACCACCAACAACAACAAUCCGUGGCACCUUUUCAAGUGCCAAAAGCUCCCUCUCUCCCCCAAACCCCAACCCCCAAAGUUCCUCGCUCGCCUCCAAAUAUGUUCCCCCGAUUCCUUCUCCGUCACUCCCCUCCCUCUCCCCAACUUCCCCUUCCCCGGUCACCAACACUCCCUCGCCACGCUCACCAACAUUCUCUCACACGUCACGCCCUCGCAUUUCACGCAGACCGCCGAGGGCGCCAAGGCCUGCGUCUUCCACCUCGCCGACUACCGCCACGUGCUCAGGCCGCUCAAGGCCGCCGCGGAGGCGCUGCAGGUUGAGGAGAUUCCUUGGGCCACGUUCAACGUCGUCGAGCGCCUCUCCCACUCCUUCGCGGCGGGGCGGUGGACGCCGCUGCUGCCGGAGCACCUGCCGGAGGACGAGGUGGAGCGCCUCGUCGCCAAGCUGCCGGCGACUCUCCGCGCCGCGCUGCUCCCUUUCCAGCACGACGGGCUGAGGUUCGCGCUGCGGAGGGGCGCGCGGUGCCUCAUUGCGGACGACAUGGGACUCGGGAAGACGCUUCAGGGUAUUGCUGUUGCCGGGUGUUUUAUGGAUGAGGGGCCUGUACUUGUGGUGUGUCCUGCUGUGUUGCGGUACUCGUGGGCGGAGGAAUUGGAGCGCUGGCUUCCCUUCUGCUUGCCGGCGGAUAUCCAUUUAGUUUUUGGCCAUCUAGACAACCCUGUAUAUUUAACAAGAAGUCCCAAAGUUGUGGUUAUUUCUUAUACCAUGCUUCAUCGUUUAAGGAAGAGCAUGCUUGAACGAGAAUGGGCUCUCCUGAUUGUUGAUGAAUCUCAUCACGUGCGAUGUACUAAGAAAACAGAGCCAGGAGAGAUAAAGGCUGUUCUUGAUGUUGCUUCGAAAGUCAAGCGUAUAAUUCUGCUAUCAGGGACACCUUCUCUGUCAAGACCGUACGACAUAUAUAACCAGAUAAAUAUGUUAUGGCCUGGUUUGCUGGGAAAGACUAAAUACGAAUUUGCAAAAACUUAUUGCGAUUUGAAAUAUAUGAAAGGCAUCCAAGGAAAAUAUUUUGCGGAUUAUUCAAAGGGUGUGCGCUUGGAAGAGUUAAACGUGCUAUUAAAGCAAACUGUUAUGAUAAGGCGUCUGAAGGAACAUGUGUUGCUACAGUUACCUCCAAAACGUCGGCAAAUUAUAAGAUUGUUGUUAAAGAGAUCGGAUAUAGUUGCUGCAAAAACUGCAGUUGGGGUAUUGAAUAUUGAUGCCUCUGAAAGGGCAAGUGAAGACAUGUCUUUGGAAAAUUUGGAUGAACCUGAUGGAAAGCUUUCUUAUCAGGAACUUGGAAUUGCAAAGCUUUCUGGUUUUCGUGAAUGGCUUGCCCUCCAUCCAAUCAUUGAAGGAUCAGAGAAUGCUUCAAAAAUGAUAAUUUUUGCUCAUCACCACAAAGUUCUUGAUGGAGUACAGGAGUUUAUAUGUGAGAAAGGGACAAGUUUUGUGCGAAUUGAUGGAAAUACUCUUGCCAGAGACAGGCAAUCAGCAGUAGUUUCAUUUCGGUCAUCACCAGAGGUUAAAAUUGCGAUAAUAGGCAUUCUAGCAGCUGGAUUUGGACUUGAUUUCUCAACUGCGCAAGAUGUUGUGUUCUUGGAGCUACCACAGUGCCCAACUCUCAUGCUCCAGGCCGAGGAUAGAGCUCAUCGUCGGGGACAAACAAAUGCAGUUAAUGUAUACAUAUUCUGUGCGAAGGAUACCUUGGAUGAAUCACACUGGAAAAACUUGAACAAAAGUUUGCAACGUGUUUCAUGUACAACUGAUGGAAAAUAUGAUGCGAAGAAAGAGAUAGAGGUUGAAGGUAUUUCUUAUUUAGACUCAUCUUUGAAAAUUGAUAAUUGUGAAGAGCAAUCCUCUUGCAAAGAUGCAUUAGGUGAAACACAAUUGGCUACGCAACCUUCUGAAGUAAAUCCAAAUGAAUCAGAAGCAAAUCAAAAUGAUAAAACUGAUGAGGGGACUUGUGUUAAUAACUCAACUCAGAGUUCUAAUAUUAUGGUUGAUAAUGUCUCCUGCCAAGAUUUAGGCAAGGCUUCAGGUCUGGAUGGAACUUGUGGUGUUGAUGUUUUUGAUGCUGUGGAGGGCUUUCAGAAGUGUUUUGAGGACAAAGAACAAUUGAAGGAUAUGAAAUCAGUUUCAACAACAGAAGCAGAUGACGACCAGUCUGUUCAUCCAGUUGAAACCGAUGGACAUUGUUCUAAUCAAGUUGAUUUUCUGCGAUUUGAGGUGAGCCCAUACACCGGAAGGAUCCACUUGUAUACUUGCAUUUUGGGUACUGAUGAAAGACCACAACCACUUCAUGAAAAUUUUCGACCAGAGGAACUUGAGUUAUUAAGUUCUGUUGCUGAUGAUGAGAAACAGGCACAUGAUGAGAAUCAGAAAAUAGAGUCUGUAUCUGUCAAGGAAAAUCCUGCUUAUAGGUCGACUCUUCUGGCUUUUGCGGAGGAGUGGAAGAAUUUGAGGUCAAUUGAACGCAGGAAGUUACUUGGAAAACCAUUACAACUUCCUUUGGCUGUUGAAUUAUGCUACUUGAGUGAAAGCAAUAACCACAACAACAAGGGUUUAUUAAAUGGUGGAAGUAGAAGACGCAAGACACCCUUAAUGGAGAUUAGCUGUCCUUUACCAUCAGAUGCUGUUUGGAGAAAGGUUUAUCUUCGAAAUGGCAUCAGUAAAAAGGAAAAAGAAUACACUCAAGGCUGGAGUCUGACCGAUGAGCCACUCUGUAAGCUUUGUCAAAAGCAGUGCUUGGAAAACAAUGCUAGGACACCUGAAUAUUUUGAAGAUCUUUUUUGUAGCCUUGUCUGCUACGAGGAGUAUCGAAUGAGAACUAGCAACAGAUAUCUUCGUGAGGAACUUUUCAAAAUUGAACAUGGUGUAUGCACAAAUUGCCAAUUGGACUGUCAUAAGCUUGUUGAGUAUAUAAGACCUUUGUCAUUGGAAAGGCGGCGAGAGUACAUAGAGAAAGUAGCACCCAAUGUUGCUAAACGAAAGAGCAUGCUUGAGAAGCUUCUCAAUGAACCAACAGAGGGCAACGCGUGGCAUGCUGACCAUAUUGUUCCAGUAUAUCAAGGAGGAGGUGAAUGCAAACUGGAGAAUUUGAGGACUCUCUGUGUGGCUUGCCAUUAUGAUGUUACUGCAGCACAAUGUGCUGAACGGCGCAUAGCAAGAGCAAAGGCCAGGAAACAACUAAAAGCGUUAAUGAAUAGCAUGAAAAAUGAUAUUAAGAGUGCUGCUAGCUCUAAAAUUAAGGACUGUAGGCGUCUCGAGGACAAAGAAGGGAAUAUGCCUGAGGAUGAGCUUUUAGUCGAGGUUCCUGGCAGUGCCUAUUCUUUAGCAGACAGCUAAGCAAGUGGAGAUGCAGCUAGGAAGGGAUUAUGAACAGUUUUUGUAAGAAGAAAAGUAAAAUUUUGCAGCCACAGUGGUGGCAACCACAUCAGUGCUCCGGAAGAGGUCGACCAUGGUAAGGAAGGAGAACUUGCAUCGUAGUGUCCAGUCUUUGGCUGCACACCCUACCAAUUAUGUUCUUCGUAGAAAUUCUUUUGAACAGAGAUUUUUGUGGUGUCUUGUCCAGUUGAAAAGCAAGCAGCAGUCAACAUGUAUACUUUUUCUUCUCAAGUAUAAGAUAAUUUUGGCAGUGUAGUGACACAGUUUGGAUCCAUCCAUUUGUAACCUCCACGCUCCACCCAUCAUUGAUUAUUGAUUGGCAUUGUAUUCCAACCAAUUAUUUUCGAGCCAUUGUUUUGUAAAUAAUGUAAGCAAUGGUUGUUGAAUUUAACUACAAGACUCUUUUGUCAUGGUUCUUGUUUAGAGGAAUAUUGCCCUGCAUGGUUUGAGAUAAUG